UGUGAUAGAGAGAAGGGCCAAAAGGGAGCUGGAGAUAAAUGUUUCACUGUUCUUCUCUCCAUCACUUCGUCUUUGUCCGCAUCCACAACAUCAGCAAAGAAAGGGGGAACAGUCAAGAUGCCUGAGAAAGCACCAGAGAGGAAAUCUAAAAUCUCAGCCUCUCGCAAGCUCAUGCUGAAGAGCUUGAUGAUAGCCAAAGCCAAGGAGGAACUGGAGCAGGAGAUUGUAGAAAAAGACGAGCAAAAGGCAAAGUAUCUGGAUGAAAAAGCUCCUCCAAUACAGACCAGUGGCCUCUCCUCAGCAGAGCUACGGACAUUAUGUGAGGAGCUGCAUGCCAGAAUAGAUGUGGUGGACGAGGAGCGCUAUGAUAUUGAAGCCAAGGUCUUGCAUAACACCAGAGAGAUCAAAGACCUGAACAUCAAGGUAUUGGACUUGCGAGGGAAGUUCAAGAGACCUAACCUGAGAAGGGUGAGGGUCUCUGCUGAUGCCAUCCUGUGCUCCCUACUGGGCUCUAAACACAAGGUCUCUUUGGAUCUGCGAGCUAACCUAAAAUCCGUCAAAAAGGAGGACACUGAAAAGGAGAAGACAGUGGAGGUGAGUGACUGGAGGAAGAAUGUGGAGGCCAUGUCAGGCAUGGAGGGCCGCAAGAAAAUGUUUGAUGCUGCAAAAGGCCAAAAUCAGUAAAACAACUGGUGAAGAAACAGCUGGCUUUCAUCUAAUCACCAUCACUGGCAUACCAAAGAUUUUUGAGCACAAAGCAUGCUCGGUGACUUCACAUAUUCAAGUCAUUCAAAUACUCAGUAUCUAUUCUCAACACUGAAAUAAACACAGCAUCUCUAUUCUCA